GCGUACAAUACUUGGGACUUCUAUAUAAGGACAUACAAUUGCCCUUCUUAGCACACAAAAACUACACACUGUCUCUAUUCAAAUCUCAAUGGCUUCCAUAUCAAAUCUUAUGUUUUUAUCUUUCAUUUUCCUUUUCAACAUCAUAAACAUUCCUUUCAUCACAAACGCUCAAUCAUGCCAAUCCUCUGGCACACUAAACUGCAAAGGAAAAUCAUUCUCUCGGUUCAAGUGUUCUCCACCAGUUUCAUCCUCAACACAAGCAUUACUCACGUUGAAUGAUUUUAGCGAAGGCGGAGACGGAGGAAGUCCAUCUGAGUGCGAUGAUAAUUUCCAUAGCAACUCAGAAAGAGUGGUGGCGUUGUCCACCGGGUGGUAUAAUGGAGGGUCUAGGUGUGGAAGAAACAUUAGAAUCAAGGCACGAAACGGGAGGAGUGUGACGGCAAAAGUGGUGGACGAAUGUGAUUCGGUGAAUGGAUGUGAUGGGGAACAUGCGGGUCAGCCGCCUUGUCGUAACAAUAUUGUUGAUGGAUCUGUUGCUGUGUGGAAGGCGUUGGGAUUGAAUACAGAUGUGGGUGUAGUGCAAGUUACAUGGUCUUUGGCUUGAAUGAAUGGAACUUCAAGUAUAUGCAACAUGCAAUGGCUAAUUAAUAAAUAAAUAAGAAUAAGCUUAAGCUUAAUUUGCAGUAGGUUGUAGCUUGCUUGUGUUGUUUCUUCAUCUAGUUGAUCUUUUAUUUUAUAUAUAUAUAUAU